CUUUGAAAUUUUUGUCAAAGUUGGCAACCGAAAAAAAACACUAAUGUAUACUAGUUUUACUUUGAAAUUUUUGUCAGAGUUGGCAACCGAAAUAAACACUCACUUACUGCUCCUCCAUACAUUCCUAGUCAAUCAAUACUCCAAAAAGAGACAAAAAAAUCAGUCUUUCUUCCUCAUCAGUUUAUCUUAUAUUCUUCUGGAUUAAUUAUCACUAUCAAAGGGGACUUGAUAGGUGAAUUAGAAGAAGUACAAUUCACUAGCCUUGUUCUAUCUUCAUCUCUGAUAUCUAUCUCUUGCAAUCUCUUCCACUUUAAUUUCCAUCUAAUUAUGGCGGAGGUUUUGGUUUCUGUGGUGAUGGAACAGUUGGCUUCCAUCACAACUGACUUGGCGAUGCAACAGCUGAGGCCGGUGAAGGAUGUUGAUAAAAACAUAUCCAGUCUCAGAAGAAAGCUCAAGGACAUAAAAGCUGUGCUGGAGGACGCCGAAAGGAAGCAACUUAACGAUGACGGCGUUAGACAUUGGUUGGAGAAGCUCACUGAUGUUUCUUACGACAUCGAUGAUGUGCUGGACGAGUGGAGCUCUGAGACUCUCAAAUCCGAAAUUCAGAAACGUGUGGAAGCAGAAGAAAAUGAUCCCUAUCAAAAAGCAGCUGAUAAGAAGAAGGUAUGUACUCCAUUGACCCCUUCUUGCUUUUGUGUUAACCAACUUAAACGAGUUAGUGUACGCCGAGUUAUUGCUCACAGGAUCAAAGAGCUUAAUGAAACAUUAGAUGAGAUUGCCAAAGAAAAACAACAUUAUUCAUUGGAAACAACAAAAGUUGUUCAAAAGCAGACAAGAGAGGCUGUCUCCCUUGUUGAUGAGUCUCAGGUGUAUGGUCUGGAUGGGCAUAAGCGUGCUCUAAUAGAAAAGUUGCUCAAUGAGAGUAGUGAAGGACCUGAUGGUGGUAAAUCAAUUCCUAUUAUCAUCCCUAUUGUGGGGAUGGGGGGAAUUGGGAAAACCACUCUUGCCCAACUUGCAUUCAAUGAUGCAGAGAUCAAAACACACUUCACUAAGCGGAUGUGGGCGUGUGUUUCAGACACUUUUGACGAGAUUAAAGUUGCCAAAGCAAUUAUUGAAUCUCUCAAAGGUAGUCACCAAAAUUUAGAAACACUGGAAGCUUUAUUCCAACGUAUUCGGGAAUCCAUCGAGGGAAAGAAGUUCUUUCUUGUCCUAGAUGAUGUAUGGAGCGAUGACCAUGAAAAAUGGGAAAAAUAUAUUCAAGUGCUUAGAUUGGGUGCUGUAGGAAGUAGGGUGUUGGUAACAACCAGAAAAAAGGAAGUUACGAUAAUGAUGGGAGCAGCCACCCAAAUGAUUACCCUGCAACUGCUGUCUGAUGAGCAUUGUUGGUCAAUAUUCAGUGGCCUUGCAUUCAGGGACAGAAACAGUGAAGAGUACAAAGAAUUUGAGAGAGUUGGGAGGCAAAUUGCAAAAGAGCUUAGGAAGUUUGAUGCGUUCCAAGGUGACUGAAAAGGAGUGGAAGGAUGUUCUAUCUAGUAGAUUCUGGGAGUUAAAAGAUGAACAAACCAAAACUUUUGCUCCAUUCUUCUUGAGCUAUUAUGAUUUGUCUCCUAGAGAAAGACGUUGCUUCUCUUAUUGUUCUGUAUUUCCUAAAGAUUUUAAGUUUUGGAAGGGUCAUUUGAUUGAGACGUGGAUGUCACAAGGUUAUUUAAGUGGUAGUCAAAAUCCGGAGGAAGAAGGUGAAAAGUGCUUUGAAAUUCUGACCAAGCGGUCUUUCUUUCAUGAUUUCAGGUUUGGUUAUAAUGGAAGAAUUGUAAGUUGCAAAAUGCACGACAUAUUGCACGACUUUGCCCAAUUUUUGACAAGAAACGAAUGCUCUGUCAUGAGAGUUCAAGUUGAUAUGGAGGAAAGAGAGCGUCCUGGUGUUGAAAAGGUCCGUCACUCUUGGUUGUCAUUGGCACCUAAUUUUCCCAAAAUUCCCAUUUCAAUAUUUGUUAAAGGUAAUCUGCGUUCCCUUUUCAUAGAUUGUACUUCAGAUACUAGUUUAGGUGAUGAAAAUAUGGUGUUCUUUCAUCAAGACUUUCGUUAUCUGAAACAUCUUAGAACACUAGCUUUGAGAUCUAGUGGAAUAACAAAGGUUCCAGAGCAAAUUGGGCAGUUGAUACAUUUGAGACAUCUGUGCAUGUAUAAUAGCAUGAAUUUGCAAGAAUUGGCUGAUGAAGUAUGUGAUUUAUGUAAUUUACAAACUUUAAUACUUCAAGGAUGCAGCCGGCUUCAAAGACUACCAGAAGGGAUGGGAAAGCUAGUGAAUUUGAGACAACUUUACAUGCGUGGCUGUUCUGCAUUGGUGGGAUUGCCGAAAGGAAUUGGUGGACUAACUCAACUUCAGACUCUAGACACAAUGGUUAUACCAAAGAAGAAUGAAGCAGCAUAUUUUUUGAGUCUAGGAGAUUUGAAAAGGUUGAACCACCUUCGAUUUCAAACGUCUUUUUUUGAAAUAAGGAAUUGCUGUAAUUUGAUAAAUCCGAGCAGGAGUGAGUUAAUGUAUUGGGAAUGUCUAGUAAACGUAUUUCUAGAUUUUGGAGGGAUUGAUAAAAAGGAGGAAAUUAGAGACGAAGAAGAUGAAUUUGGUAUACUUGAAGCCUUACAGCCACACCCAAGCUUGAGAUAUUUACGAAUCAAACAAUACAAGGGUACCAAUUUGUAUCCCAAAUGGAUGAUGGGGUUGGAUAGGUUGACGGGGCUCGACUUUAUAGACUGCAAGCAGUGUGAGAGUUUACCUCCUUUGGGACGCUUACUACCUUCACUCGCAGUGCUUAGGAUUGAUGGGUUGGAUAAAGUGAAAAAGAUAGGUGAUGAGUUUCUAGGGCUUGGAGUGGAGCAAGUUGAAGCUGUAUCAUUCCCAAAACUGAAAUGGCUUUUCUUUUACAACAUGCGGGAUUGGGAAGAUUGGGAAGGCACUGCAGGCACUAGUCUUCAACCGGGAGUUAUGCCGUGUCUCAAAGUCUUAGAAAUUGAAAAUUGUGGCAAUCUCAAAUCACUACCACCCUAUCUCAAACACACUCCAUUGCACAUUCUACGUAUCAACGCCAGCGGGGUGCUAUCACAAUCUCUGCAAAACUCAGAAGAGGAGUUUACCAACAUUUCUCGAAUCACACGCAUCUUCGUUGAUGGUCAAGAGUUGGAAAAUAACAGUUAAAAAGAAGACGAGGCUAACAGUGAAGAAGAAGGAGGAGUUGUUCAAGAUUUAUCGCCACAUCCCACGCAUCAUCAUUGAUGGUCAUGAGGUACAAUUUUAUGACUCUCUCUCUCUCUCUCUCUCUCUCUCUCUCUAUAUAUAUAUAUAUAUAUGUAUUAUUUAAAUUAAUUAAUGGUUUAAUUUGACACAUCUUUUUUCUUUGUCAUUUUUUAUUUUUUUCUUUUUUUUUAAAUUAAAUAAAUAAAUAAUAUAAUUACCAACAAUUGCUAAAAUUGCAAGCGAUCAAGAUCCGAGUAGAACGUCAGCGAUGAUGAUAUUUCAUUUGAUUUCUAAAUCAACUUGCUAUAUAUGGAAAUUACGGUACACAUCCACUUCUUAUAAUUCGGUUUAAAAAUUGCUAUGCCUCCGGUAAUCCUCAUCUAGUAUUUAACUUGUUUUCCUUGGCUAGACAACAACAUUGAACCAUUAAUAAAAGCAUUUUCCAACUUGUUCAAGUGCUUAUUCCUUUCGACCUAUUGUAAGUAGCUGUGAUGGUCAUAGAUUCCAUAUAAUCUGUUAUGACACCCUAUAUCAUUUCCAUCCAAAACACAAAAACAUUAAGCAUUCCUAUUUACUACUAAUUAAUUUUAUAUCAUCUCAUUCAAAAUAUAAUAAUUAAUCUUUUAUAUAUAUAGUAUAUGAUUUUUAUUCCGGUUUUUUGGACAAAUUCCUGAACUCUAUAGGAAGUUGUCUGCUACACAUAUAUAUUGUUUUUCAUCCAUAUGUAUCCGUAUCCGUAUCUGUCUUCACUUUUAUAGGUUAACAAUAAUUUUGUUUUAGCUAGAUUUAGUUUAUAUUUCUUUGUUUUUUUUUUUCAUUUUCUCCAUCUUUUCUUCUAAUUCUGCAUCCUGAUUUCUUGAGGUUGUAACAUGUAUUCCAAAAAGAAUAUUUUCAUUCCAAACAGCAAACACAACUGAAGCUUCAAUAUUUACACAAGAAGAAUAUUUUUUAUUUUCAAGAUUUUAAGUCUACAUAUAGAGUUUUUCUAAGUUAUACAUUUUUACAUAUGUAUGAUUAACCAAUAAUUUGCUUCACAACCUAGUUCUAUAAAGCAUAUGCCCAUCACAUGACUUAAGCAUCGACCAUUGCAUUGCAGAAUUACUUAUUUUUGGUAGAUGUUGAAUAUUUAAUGCAGAACUUUGUAACUUUAAUGUUCUUGAUCUCUACAUUUAUCAUAAUUUGAUUAAUCUAUUAAUGUUUAGCAAACAAAUUAUUUUCUAUCUUUUGCAUUCCUGAUUUAGUUAUAAUUAUUCCCAAAACUGAAAAAGCUCUGCUUUUUACAAAAUGGUGAACGGAGAAGAAUGGUAAUUAGGCUAUGAACCAAAUAAAGCUGGAGAGAUGUUUAUGCCGUGUAUAUUUUUGCAUUGGUACAUAACUUUGCUUUGUCUUAUAUAUUUUUUAUUUUUUUUAUAAUAUCCAAAAAUAAUGCUAAUGUUACUAAUAAAGGUUCGUUUGGUAUAGUUGAUGAAAGUAAAGUUUUAGUUUGUAAAGUUUUAUAUAAUAGAUCUUUUUGAAAAAUACCUUUUAUUAAAAAGUUAAUAAGUGUUUGGUUGUAAAUAAAAAAAUUAUAUUAAAUGCUCAUUAAACUGUAUUAAAUGAUUAUUAGAUUUCCAUAUAAGAUAAAAGAGAAGAGCUUUUUUAGAGAAGCUUAAAAUUUGGGCUUUUCUAAAAUAACUUAAAAAAGCUCAUUUUUUGGUCAAUAAAUACUUAUUAACUUUUGGCAAACAUCUUUAUUUUUUGAUAAAAAAGUUUUUAACCUUCUAGUAAAGAUUUUGAGCCAAAAAAAAAAAAAAAAAAAAAUCCUGUCAAACAGAGCCUAAGUCUACCAAAAAAUUUACCAAAAAUUGACGUUUUGUAAAAUCAAUAUUUACAUAAAGAUUAAAAAGUAAAUUCUUAAAUAAAUAAAUAUAAUUUAUUAUAAACAAAUAAAAUAAUAAAAGCUCAUAUUUUUUUUUUUUUGGUUGUAAAUUAAUAAUAGCUUUUCUUUUGGUAAAACAUCUUUCUACUCCAAGCAUUAUUCUUGUGAUUGUUAUAAUUAUUUUCUCUUUUAUUCUUUUGGGCUUAGUGAAAAUGAUUAGAUGUGCCGAAUGAAUAGGGUUACUCUGUUUUAAAUCUAAUCUUAUUUAUUAUUUUGCAGGAUUUGUAUGAGCUCAACCAGUUCAUCAUUAAUCUCUCAAGUGUAACAUUGAAAGGACUUGAAUAUAAUAACUUCAAUUUUAAUUCAAUAAAUUUGCAAUUAUUGAAUUGUAUGUAAUCAAAUAUAAUAAAGUAGUUAUUUAUUUGUAAAAUGAAAAGGACUUAAAUGUAAUGAUGUUAUUUAUAUGUUGCUAUACUGAAUUGCAAGUCUUUAUAUCUUUUUGUAAUUCAAAGCUAUAUACUUUGUCCUUUUAAGAAAA